ACUGUCACAUUUUUAGAUUAGGAUUUUGGUGAUAAACAAAAAUAUAAAACAUUUUGGUUUCUUUGCCCUAAUAAAAAAAUUAUACAAAUCUAAUGGAUAUUUUAUCCCCUUGUCUUAAUCCGUAACUAAUUCAUACAGUGGCUACAAUCCAUAAUACUUUUGUAGUAAUCAUUAACAAAUAACCAAAUAUGAAGACCGACACAGAAAAAGAAAUAGGCACUCAAAUCCUCAAAAGUUAUGGACAGUUUUUCAAAAAUCAACAUCAAGAUCUUUUAUCUUUAACCAGUGAACAGAAAUGGGUGGAGAACAAAACAUUCUUGGCUGUUAAAAUCUGUGUGGAUCCAAAGGAAACCAUCUCUGUAACUGAAUUAGUAUCGUCAGAUAACUCAUUGAUGACAAAAAUAUUAAGUGUCCUAUCGUCUUUGUGUAUAGAAAUCACAAAACUAAAAGAAGAAGCAUUUACAAGGUAUUUUCCAUUUUUAGCUGCUUACGAUGAGUGCAAUGAAAGUUCAGUUAGCUCUCAUAUGACAGAAAUAUGUUCUUUGAGUGCCUUUGUUACGCGCUGUGAUGACACACUCCGCAAUCUUUGUAACCAAAUGUUUGCAAUUUGCACAGAAGGUUUUAUUAAUCUUAACGGAAUCCAGAUAGACCAUUUAAUCAAACACAUUGGUGAAAUUUUCACUGUAAUAGUUCUCACAGAAUUACUUAUAUCAAAUACUUCACUACCAACAAAAUGGAGGAAAUUCCAAAAAACAUUAAAGUCAUAUUCGCCAGACAAACUCGACAUGUAUGAGGACAGGUUGGGCUCCAUGAUUGGGGCUAUUGAAAACAUAACAACUAAACUUAUGAAUGAUGACAUUGUCCAAACAUGCUUGCAAAAUCUCUUGAUACUUAGAGGGAAGUUGGUUAAUAAGAAUUGUUCAUUUUUAACCACAGAAUUGACACAAUAUGUGAAGCAAGCUAUCAGCAACCUGGAAAAGAUUACUGUUGAGAAGCCUACAGUUGACAAUAUGUACAAAUGUAUCAAAAUUAAUGCUUUGUUUGUAUUAAAUUCACAAUUGUUUGGAAUUAGUGACAAGAAAAUGUUUAAAAGUUUGGUUGAAUUGAACACAAAGGCUCACAGCAUCAAUCUUACUGGCACAGCAAUAUGGUUCCCGGAGCAAUUCCUUCAAAGACAUGUCCCAUCACUGUGUGCUACUUUUGGUAAACUGUCACAAACCAUGCUCAAAGCUCGACAAUCAUAUAUCAGCAAUAAAAAGACAUCUCUGGCUCGCGAUGUCGUCAGCCUUCAGGCGCUGUGUACGCAGUGGAUACUAAACAUGGAAGAUAUUUUCUCCUAUAAACAUAACAAACUCAAUGCAUCAGAAAUGAGCCUUCAUGCCAAAACUCUAUUAGCUGGAUUGGAUCUGGCAUCAAGUAUAAAUUACUCAGUACUGACAAUGAUAAACCUCCAUUUAUCACUUGGCAUGCCGUUAUCAAAAAACAUUCUUUUGUCUCUUUUUGAAAUGAUAGACAUGUUAAAAUCAGUACAAAAUUCAAUAACUCGAAACUACACACAGAUAAUUCAUUCAAUAAAUAUGAUUAUACAACAUUUGGUUUUCCAAGCUAUAGCAAGUGUACAAGAUUUGAAGAAGACUGUUAUGAUGGACAAAAACUUUGCCAAUAAGCGCUUGGAUGAGCUAACAUGCAUUGUGAUAGCAGAACAAGCAUUGAAAGGAGCUGCAACUAUGCAACGCAAUGUUGCGGCCUACAUCGCUCUCAGCUUUGUACCUAAUACUACAUAUUUAGAAGAUGGCUAUGCUAGAUUAGCUACUAUUCUAGAAAAAGUUCAAACUCUAACCAACUAUAUGCAAACAUUUGAAAGCUAUUGCAAUUGCUCAUGGAUGUUAUGGCAUCAAAACAUUAUUCCAAUUUACUUUGAACAAAACUUCAACACUCAGUUAAAUGCCCUUAAAUUGAAAUAUUUUCUGAUGGUCCUAGAAGACUGUGCUGUCUUUUUACAUAAUAUAGACAAACAAUAUAACAUUAAGAAAUCAAAACAAUUUGUUAUAAUGAUUCAGAAGUUAAUUGAUGACAAAGUUAUACAAUCUACUAGUCAAAACAUUGAAACUAAUUUAAGACUUCAUAUUCAUUCCCAUCUACAGCUAGAUGCAACAAAUCCAUUUUCAAGUGACAUGACUAAGAAGGUUCUGCUUGCCGUGGACACAUUUCGCAUUUUGUCCGUGUACAUGUCAAUCGUGCCAUCAGUGGAGCACUAUCUUUCUACCAUGUACUACAAUUUAACCACAGUUGUUUUGUCCGAUAGGAAAACAUAUGGGGAAAUGCGUCAAAUGGCAAAAUUCAAGUUUAAACUGCAAACUGUACAAGACAAUCUGCCCACACAGACUUUGGAGCAAGGAUUAGACGUUCUAGAAAUCAUGAGAAAUAUUCAUAUCUUUGUAUCAAAAUAUCUGUAUAAUUUAAAUAAUCAAAUAUUUAUUGAAAAGAGCAGUAAUAACAAGCAUCUAAACUCUAUUAACAUCCGGCACAUAGCCAACUCCAUUCGAACCCAUGGCACCGGCAUAAUGAAUACGACAGUCAAUUUCACAUACCAGUUCUUGAAAAAGAAAUUUUUCACUUUUUCGCAAUUCAUGUAUGAUGAACAUAUAAAAUCGAGGCUUAUGAAAGAUAUGAGGAAUUUCAAAGAAAACGCCCAGGCCUACAACAAUAUGUACGCAUAUAAAAAUGCGGAGAAGUUUAACAAAGGCAUAAAAGUUUUGGGCUUGGCUGAAGAUGGUCAGAGUUAUUUAGAUCUAUUCAGAGAUCUUAUAAGCCAAAUAGGAAAUGCAAUGGGUUAUGUGAGAAUGAUCCGUUCAGGAGGCAGGCACUGCUGCUCUGAUGCAACAGUAUUCUUGCCCACCUUAGAUAUUGAUAAAACAUUCAAAGAAUUAGCCGAAGAAAGCAAACUGGGUCCAAAAACCAUUCAUGCAUCAGAAAAUUUAGACCACAACAUCAAUCUUCUAAUAACAAAUUUCAUCCAAGGAACAGAGUAUUUUAAAUUGUUGGUAGAUGUAUUUUCUCCCGUUUUUAGGAAUCCGAAAAAUGUACAUCUCAAGAAUUUUUUCAUAAUUGUUCCGCCACUUACGCUAAAUUUUGUCGAGCACAUGAUCUUAUCGAAAGACAAAAUGACGAAAAAGAACAAAGUCGGCGCUGCGUUCACUGACGACGGUUUCGCUAUGGGCAUUGCGUACAUAUUGAAAUUACUUGAUCAGGACUAUGAUUUUGAAUCUCUGCACUGGUUUGAUUCAAUCUGGAAACACAUCAGAGAAGAGAGGAAAUCCGUGGAGGAACAAAAGAGCAGAGGAUCCGUGCAACUACAACAGGCGUUAGCUUUGACGGAGAAGAAAAUAAAAACUGUUGAGGAAGAAUUCAAACUUCUAUAUUUCAGCUUGACAAGUGCCAGAAUAUUCUUUAGAUAGAUGGGUAAGAAUAAUAUUUGUAUGUUUUAUAUUAAAAAAAAAUAUUAUUGCAAUAAUAUGUAUAAUGAAAAAGUUUAUUAUACACAAUGGUUAUUAAUUUGUUUAUUUUGUAUAGAGCCUAAUAAUUCACCUAUAUUGUGUUAAUAAAUAAAAGCAAGAAAUAAAUUUA